GCUUCCUCUUAACCAAUAAUUUGUUAAUAAUUUUGCAUUUAUUUUCCUGAAAUUAUUUAGAGGCUGCUGUCUUUCUUCAAACUCAAAAAGGAAUUUAACAUCCCAAAGCAGCAAACAACCACCACAGAAGCACCAUCACCAAAGAAAAAAGAAACAGAGAAUGCUUUUGAGAAGUUCUUCAACACCAGUUCUUGGAUCUCUGGUAUCUUCCAUAGCUGCUGAUAGUCCUAGCAACAACAAUCAUUACUAUGAAACCAGCAGCCCCUUUAGGCAUUACCCAUCGAGCUCUUUUCAUGGUCACACCCACCAUAACAGGCUCUCGUUUCAUCCUUCUCCAGGCUCCGUCCACCUAUCUACUGUAGUUUCUUGUGGCUCUUCCCCGGUAUCUCCUUCUGUUGUUGAUCAGUUUUCUGAUUUUGAGCUUACAGGGUUUCGUCGGGCUCAAUCUGAAGGGAACUUGGAAGGGCUCGCCCAUGCUGCUUGCGAUGGCAAUGAUGAAUUCUACGAGCGGAACCAACCUAAGAAGUUUUCUGCAAGGCACAACAAGAAGUGCUUGAUGUUGCAAACCAUCCCUUCCUUUUCGUUUUAUAAAUCGGGCGCAAGGUGUGAGGAAGAAGAUGAUGAAGAAGAAGGGAGUGAUUUCGAGGAAGAGAAAGAAGUGUUGAACGAAAAUGAAGAAAGGGUAAUGGCUGUCAGUGGUAGCCAUGGAUUCAACCCUAUCAGCAUGGAGAAUAUAUUGUUGAAAGAGCAGGUUAAAGAAUAUGUUGGUGUGGGUCAAGAAAUGUUUCUUCCGAGAGGGCUUGGGAUUGGGACAACCACGGAUGGCGGUAUCAGUGGCGGCAGUGGUGGCGGUUGGGGUGGUGGCGGUGGAGGUGGUGAGUUUAAUUCGGGAGGCAAAAACGGAGAUGGUGGCGAUAACCAUGAAGUUGAGGAGUAUUACAAGAGGAUGGUGGAGGAAAAUCCUGGGAACCCUUUGUUUCUGGGGAACUAUGCUCAGUUUUUGUAUCAGUCAAAGAGAGACCUUCAAGGAGCAGAAGAAUAUUACAGUCGAGCCAUUUUAGUAGACCCCAAAGACGGUGAAACACUUUCACAAUAUGCAAAGUUAGUGUGGGAGCUACAUCGUGAUGAAGAAAGAGCUUCAAGCUACUUCGAACGAGCAGUUCAAGUCUCUCCUCAAGAUAGCCAUGUGCAUGCAGCUUAUGCUAGUUUCCUAUGGGAAACUGAGGAAGAUGGAGAUGAAUGUGCAGCGCCUAGCGAAAUUGAGACAAUUCCCACACAAUUUCAUCAAGGAACCUUGGCAAGUGCUUAAGCAACUCGCUUCAAUGAACAAUAAGGGAACAUUUCCAGUAAAAUUGUACAUCUACAAGAAAUAUUUUAGUGUCUUUUGUUAGUUAUAUUUAUGUUCAACCUCUAUCUAUGAAUAUAAUUAUAAAAGUACAAUUCUUCAAA